GUGUUCUCAAACUGGAUGAUCUUGAUGCUGAGGGUGUUUAUGGUCUAUUUAGCGCUGCUGACGAAUUUAUGCUUGAUGACCUUAUAGAUCAUAUACCUGACAACAUUGGUGAUUCUAUGGAUUUCUGGAUUGAUCAAGAUUGUAUACCUGUUCUAAACACUAUAUUUGGUAUAGACUCUUACAGAAAACUUCGUCGCCAUUUAGUCAGAAAAAUUAAUUCCGAUCCUCAAUGGUUAUUGGCUAUACAAGAUUUAAGCCCUAUCGAAGAAUAUGUUCUUAGAGGUCUUCUUAGUCAACAAAAUUUGGCCUUUGAUCAUGUUACUCGUUGGGAUCUCAUUAUAAGAUGGGCUUUAUGUAAAAAUCCUACUCUUAAUAAGGACUUGGUUAAGAAAUGGUCUGACCAUGAUUUUGGUUUACUUAAAUUAUCUUUAAGAAAUCUUAUCCCUCUUAUUCAAUUUUCCGAAAUUUCAAGAAAUGAUAUUCAUUCAAAAAUUAUGCCUUUUGAAAAAAUUUUACCUCAAGAUAUCGAUAAUACCGCUCUCAAAUGGUAUUUAACAAAAUAUCGUCAUAAACCAAAGAGUCAUCAAGGUCUCAAAAAUUCAAACAUUAUUAAUCAUGUACAUGCUAUGUAUUUUAAAAAAUGGAUCUCAGAUUUAUCUUCAAAACAAAAUGACUCCAAACAAAAAUUCAAGUACAGAUUCGAACUUUUAUUUAGAUCUUCUCAGGAUGGUUUUGAUAAGUAUUCGGAAAAAUGUAAUCAAGCCGGUCCAACUCUUUGUGUGGCUAAAUUAGCUGGUCAAAGGUGUUUGGUUGGUGGUUUUGUUCCUCAUGGUUUACAUACUGAAAAGAAAUCUACUUAUGUACCUGAUGGAAUAAAUGUUCGUGAAAAUUUCAUUUUCUUUUUUGAUUAUCGGGAUAAUGCUUCAAAGUCAAUAAAACUUUGUCGCAUGACCAGAUUCGAUGUUUUAUAUCGUCAUUUCUUAUCUGAAGAUGGUCCUUGUUUUGGUGAUUUACGUUUAAUAUUAAGAUAUAAUACUGGUGUUUAUUUACCUUCUUUUUAUACCCCUUAUUCUUCUAAAAUGUAUUUUGAUAUAGAAGAAUGUGAAAUCUUUAAG